CUGUCAACGACGCUUUCACGCAAUUGUGACAAUCGGUUUGACCUAAACAUGGAUAACGCAACAGACACGUCGACAGACAAAAGUAGGGAAAUUGUUUCAGAUGGCAAUAUUCUUCUAGUCGUCGGACCAGACAAGACAAGACUUCGUGUCAAAUCUAUGUUAUUGAUGGCAGCCUCAAACCCCUUCUCCACCAUGCUCGGGCCAAACUGGAAAGAAGGGCAUGACAUGCGACAUCAUCAUGGCCCUUUUGAGGUAUCGCUGCCGGAUGACAAUGCUACUGCACUGGAAAUCAUAUGUUCUAUUAUCCACUUCCAGAACGAUAAGGUCCCUCGGACCCUCGCUGCUGCAGAUGUCCUCGCAGUUGCCGUCGCCGCAGAUAAGUACGAUUGCCUCAACGCCCUGAACUUUGCCAGCAAAACUUGGCUCCGAGAAUGCAAAGGGAACCCGGAAGAUCUGAUGCUGCUGGCUACCGCGGCGUACCUCUUCCGGAAUGCACAAGCGUUCAAAGAGCUCACAUCAGCUUUGGUACUGAACCAUCUUGGUUCUUAUCUUGGUCUCGGUGGGAAGGAGGUUGAAUCCGUUCUGCCGUGGGAGGUAUUCUACUUGCUGGAAGAGCAAAGAGGUUUCGCGAGGCUGGAAAUAGCAGAGAUUCUUAUAAACGGAGUGAACUCUGGGCGCUGUGAUUAUGGAUGUGGAUGGACAAGCACAUAUGCCCAUGCAUAUAUCAGCAAACUGGAAGAGGAGAAUCUUUGGCCAGCAAAUUUCUCCAAUACCUCUAUCUCAAAUGCGCUACGUAGAGCAGAGAUGAUGCCUGAUCCAGUCCCUAGCGAACGAACUACUACAUGUAAUAGCGCUCGGUGGCAUCGUGUUCCAGAAUAUAGGACUAGUCGUAGCUUUAGGCUGGAGCGCUUAAACAAGAGUAUCGGGGUUUGCCUUGAAUGCGUUUGUGGAGGGAGCAGCACCAAUGAAUGUAAGCAGCCAUCUCAUAGUUCUCAGGACUAA